AUGGCCUUUGGUCUCCCAGCCGGCCAACUAUCCCAAGCCCCCAAUAUCCACAGCUGGUGGGACGCUGCAAAAAUUCAAGAGAUCGAAUCGUUCAAAGCGCAAUGCAACGAUCUGACGCUACGGAUUCUCCCCUGUUUGGCCGUGCACAUGGGCCUGCCAGAGUCCUUCUUCGCGGCAUCCCAUAACCAGGCCCUCCCCGGCAACGCGCUGAAAUUCAUGAAAUACCCCAAGAUGCCAUCGAAGCCUGGUCCCGACGGUCUUGCCGCUAGGUUAGCCCCGCACACCGACUGGGGAACACUCACGCUUCUAUUCACCGAAGCGCCUGGAUUGGAAGUGCGCGAUCCUGCUAAUAGCUGGCACGAUGUCCCGGUUAUCCCAGGCGGGAUUGUAGUUAACAUCGGCGACGCACUGUCCUUUUGGACGGGCAGGAAGCUGAAAUCGACUAUGCAUCGGAUCGCGUGGGAGAAGGUUCCUUUUGAUCAGGACCGUUAUAGUAUCCCUUACUUUGCGCAGCCGAGUUUUGGUGGGUGGUUUUAUACUGAUAUGGUUUGA